CAAAAUAAGAACAUACUAUAGUUAGCUUUUGAGGAGUGUGAACGCAGCUCUCGUCACUGCCUUGAAAAGCAAUUCAAUUUGAAAAAAAUAAAAACUUAUAAACAAAUAAUAUAAAUAACMAGUCGCCCACGUUUUCAUUAAAACGAAAAAUUUAAGGAAGAUACCAAAGUACAACUGUAAUGGGCUGGAGAAAGAUUGUUGGUACUAAAGACUUCAAUAGAGCAAGUGUGAUACUGUUGGCAACAGAAUUCUUUGGCACGCUUGCCAUCGUCUUCACCAGCAUCCUUACAAUGGCACAACAAUAUGUUGACCAGGAGGAACUGCAGCGAGCAAUAGAUACCACUUCCAGUGGCGCCUCAAUGGAACAAAUUUCGCUCGGCUUAGGAUUGGUGUUUGCCGCUGURGGCCAGGCGUUGGGCCGUCGUAGUGUUUGUCAUUUCAAUCCCGCUGUAACUUUAGGAUACUGCGUUGUCGGUGAACUGAGUUUAAUUAUGAGUUUCCUAUUCGUGGUUGUGCAAUGCACUGCUUCUGCUCUUGGAGUCUGUAUGGCGCUAGUUUUACUACCGGAAAAAUUGGCAAAUAAACACCUAGGUGUACCAAAGCAUCCGCAUGUAUCGGUGUUGGGCACUAUUGUUAUUGAAAUGCUGUUGACCUUUAUAUGGGUCUUUCUGGCACGCAGUGCUGAAAGUCAUAAAAUGAUGGGCUUACGAGAUACGGCACCACUAGCCGUUGGUGCCACAAUAAUAGCGGCUUACUUAGCUGCAUAUCGGUUGACCGGCGGCUGCAUGAACCCAGCCCGCUCUUUUGGGCCAGCUGUGGUGUACAUGGAUUGGAAGGAUCAUUGGAUUUAUUGGUUAGCUCCAUUUGCUGGUGGCGUACUGGGAGCUUUGACUUAUGAAUUCCUAUUUAAGAUUGCACCGCAUAAAGAACAAGAAGAAGCGGAGGAAAACGCGGACUAAGCCUUGCUUAGAGAGAAAAGUUGAAUAUUCGAUUAUUGGAUUGGAUUGAAGAAAAUUAUAUAACCAUGUACUUAUGCAGUUAUUGAUCUAUAUCUAUUUAGGCAAU